UCAGCAUCGCAUCGGGCCGCAGGACAAAAAAAAAAAAGGACGAUAGCCGGGGAAAAAGAGUUGAGCUUGCGGCUGAGUGCCGGUUGGCAGCCCCUGAGCGAAGGGCGGACUCUCUUGGCAAGCCGCCACACGUCCAGCCCUUACAUAGGACCUAGACUAACACUAGAGAAACUAGCCUCCCCGGACCCUAGGCUGAACCUGAAGAGAAUGCACCACAUGAGUUACUAUGCUUGCCAUGCCAUCAUGGUGCACAGGCCCCCUUCUACAAGCGACUGACACUAUAAUUUUUUUUAACGGGUUUGACAAGUACCGAAGAAUGGGCGAUCAUAGAUAAGAAGGGAGCUUGAGCGUUGCAAAUAACUUUUUUUUUUGUC